UAUUUGUGUAUAAAUUGUCAUAGACAGCUGUUACGUGGACAGGUACGACGUCUUCUAUGCCAGAGAUACGCCUGUGAAAAAUGAUUUUAGUUUGCAGGAAACAAUAGUCCACCUUGUUUCAUGGAUCAGAAUAGUUAGCCAUCAUCUUUUCAUAUAGUAUCUGGAGUAUUCUACACGAAAAUGAGCUCCGGGCGUCGCUCAAUUCCUUCGUCCAGAUCACAUCCGUCAUUCACUUCCACUGGCUACUCGCUGGGCCUGGGGUCUCACUCGUCCAGCAGCGAUGGGGAGGCGCCGGGGAGGCGAAAGGAGGCUACCGGCGCGAGAAACAGACGACAAGCGGGCCUGUCAACAACAGAGCAGAAUUUACCGUCAAGCGUGAGAAAUACUUCAAAUAGUGAAAUUGAGCAAGUGUGUGGAAGAAUCAAUGACAAAUUAUCAGUUAAUGAUGUAAUGAGUAGAUCGUCUAGCGACCAUUCCAUAUCAAAACUUCAUCAUCAUGAUCAUGAAAUCAAAGCGUCAUAUUCCACACAGCAGCAGACGCAUGAACGUUUAAGUCAAGGAAAUGAAAGAACUACAAUGAUGGCAAGAACAAGUAAAAAUCCAAAGAUUAUACCUUGGCGGAAAUGUGCAUUAUGCAGUAUUGCAUUCAGAACUCAAACAGAUUUUCUCAAACAUUUACGGGAUAAACAUUGCGCCAAGGAGGGCGGUUCAUUUGUUUGCCGUUAUGGACUUCAUGGUGUUUGCCCAACAUUGCCUGUGGAUGGAGUGAGUGAUGUAGAUUAUGAAUAUCAUGUUGCAAAGGACCAUAUGAUGGAUGAAGCUUUAGCAAACAGGUUAAAAUCUGCAGCUCAUAGCGACGCCCCUUCUACGACAGUACCUCCCUCAGUGGUCAGUGUUGAACAAAAAUGGACACCCCUGUCAUCUGUGGUCAACUUACCUGCUGUCUUGAAUGAUCCUAGAAAGGUCAAAAGGGAAACAGAUUUCUUCACAAAGACAUGGGGUGAAGGCUUUGUGGAUCAGAGUGAAAUUCCCUCCUCUCCGUAUGUCCCUCGCAUUUCAAGAAUUCACUUUGAGAAAUAUCUCAGGCAGGUGGCAUAUAAACUACAGCAACAGAGAAGACCAUCAGCAGUCAGUACAUCAUCACAAAGCGAUGAUGAUCAGAGCUCAAGUCUUGCCAGUGGAAGUCGAGAUUCAACACCUGAACUGCAGCAGGUACCAAAAAUGUUUUUCAGGAGUGAAUUUGCCCUUGAAAAUCAAGAGACAUUUGAAGCUGUUUUACCUUGGUCACAGUUCAAAGGUCAGCAGUCUUCAAAACUCCUUCAAGAAAAGUUAAGCCACUAUCUUGACAUAGUAGAGGUUCAGAUAGCUCGUCAGAUCUCUAUGCGUUCUAAUGCCUUCUUCAGUGCAAUGGCAUCACAUGACAAGCUUCAAGAGGACCUGGUAGCAACGACAAAAGCAGUACAUGAACUCAGGGAAAAACUCAAUAACAUUGACCAAGUAUUAGCUAAAGGCUCACUUGAAGUGAUAAGGUUAAAGGUAUCAAGAGUCAACUAUGUCAAAGUAUACAACAAGUUAAAAUUGAUGGCGACUGUGCACCAAACACAACCCACCAUUCAACUGCUACUGUCCAACUCAGAGUUUGUGGGAGCCCUAGAUCUUAUAUCCACUACACAUGAGAUCCUGACACAGGAGCUAGCUGGCAUUCAGAGCUUCAGGCAUCUGAGUUCUCAGCUAAUAGAGAUGGAGAAGCUAAUUGAUAAGAUGCUUUCAGAGGAGUUCACAAGGUUUACCUGUCAAGACCUCAAUCGACCUUUAGAUGACCCUGUACCAACUCAAGAAGAUAAGUUGUCAUCAGUGAUUUUGGGCAUGAUGAGGCAAAGGAAAUUCAGCUUCCUGGAUGCUUACAGAGAAGAAACAAAUGGUGCGAUCAAGGCAGCUAUUAAACAGACUGUUGUAGAAUCUGUAGCCGAGGCUGACAAUGCAGAGAAUGAAUUAACCCCGUCCAGUUUAUCAGAACAGAUGAGACUUCUGAAUUUCUCCCAGUGGUUGGAUCUCUUCAACAAGGUCUUCAUGAAUCUCAUGAUACUGCUGACGAGAAUAGAGUACACACACAGCAUCAUGCGAAAACUGGUCAACAUGGCUGCCGGAAAGACCAAUGAUGAAGGGAAGAAGAUUGAGAAUGGGUCAAACGAGGGUCAUAGAGAGAUGAAUGGUAUCAGAUCUAGUCCGGUACAGUCGGAGGAUCACGAUAGUGACGACGAAAGACUGGCAGAGAUUGAACAAUGUAUGGAAGCUGAGGAAAUCCUACCUCAAGGCGACUUUCUCAUCGCACCCAAUGAGCAUCAGAGAUUGAUGGCUGGAUUACACGACCUGAUGGGAUCGGUAUGUGACUACAUGCAUGAUCGCUGUCUCAAACUACUCAUAGCCAGAGGAAAGGAUGGUUUCUUGGAGAGACUGAGUUCCAGCGAGUUCUUGACACUAUCUAGAACCAUCAAGGUCUUUGUUAGUAACUGUGAAGAGAUUUGUGGUAGGAGGAGUACGUCACUCAUUGGUGGUCUACAGAAUCAGGCAGUCAAGUUUGUCAGUAGGUUCCACGAUGAAAGGAAGACUAAGCUUAGUCUGAUUCUAGAUAGUGAGAGAUGGAAACAGGCUGAGGUACCAGCUGAACUUCAGGAUCUUCUGUCUGCAUUCUCAGACGGUACAAUAUCCCUGGAUCUCUUAGCCAAGACAGAUUUAGGUAACGGUGGGGAAAGAAAACCAUUGGACUGUGUGCAGAUCAAUGGCAGCAAAUAUGCAGUAGUUGGGACUGUUAUGUUACUGCUUAAGAUGGUAGCUGAGUAUUGUCAGUGUGUGAAGGACAUGCCUACAGCUACUAUGGAUCUUCUUACAAGACUCUUGGAACUCUUACAGAUGUUCAACUCACGUUCUUGCCAACUCAUUCUGGGUGCUGGGGCUCUUCAACUUGUAGGGCUCAAGACAAUUACUACAAAAAACUUGGCUCUGACAUCUCGAUGUUUGCAGCUGGUUGCAUUGUACAUUCCUAUCGUCAAGGAUUUCUUCACAGAAAGGCUAUCUGUGAAGCAACAGAACCUGCUCAAGAGCUUUGAUAAAAUACUCAAGGAUUAUAAUGACCAUGUCCAGGAGAUCUCGAGCAAGCUUGUAGCCAUCAUGGAUGAUUCCUUCAGAUCAUGUUUAUCACAGUGGGAGGUGAAAGCUCCAGUACCUUCAUCCUGCUUCCGAGAGAUCUGUAAACGAAUCAAGAAGCUCUAUGAGGCCAUCGCUGACCUACUACCAUCAGAACAAGUCAAGGUGUUGUUCACCCGACUCAAUGCAUCAUUCAAGACGAGGCUCAAAGACCAGCUUAUACAUCUCAAUGUUCACAAUGACGGAGGGCCAAAACAAGGGUUAGUGACCUCUGACCUUGUCUUCUACACAGAGUUCAUACAGUCUUUGGACGGUCUUGGAGAGAUAGUGGAUAACAUGGAUGAUAUAUGGUCAUGGAGGUAGCGCCUUCAAUCCUCGUAGCCACCUUGAAAAAAAACCAUCUCUCCCCCCACAUUUCCAGGGUAGUUCUUCUGAAGUAAAACAUUAAUAUCUGUCUUGGGAUGGACUGAAUCUAGCGAUAUAUAAUUGUGAUUUGGAGCCUGUAUGUGAGUCAUGUAACAGUAUUAGCAGUAGCAGUAGAAUUAUGUUCACUUGGUUUACAAGCAGUGGGUCUACUUUUCAGAUUACCCAUAACAUACAAACAGCUUUAUGAAACACCCUACUGGCCAGAUAUCUUGCAUGAUUGCAAGAAUAUCUCUUAUAUGCUGCCAAUAAGUUCAAAUAAAAGAUUGGCUUUUUGACAAAGAAAUGUAGAUACAGCAUUUGCCAAAAGGCUGACAUCCCUGGAUAGCUCUGCAAGGUUGACUUUAUUAAAAAUCUAUCGCCGAACCUCAAAAAGGUCUGGUGUGGGGGUGGGGGAUAGAAUUACACUGCCCGGGAAGCGGGUGUGUUCCCAGGGCCCUGUAGGAUUAGUAGAUCUUCUUCAAUCAUUGGCUUUUGCAAUGUGUGCUCCCUUUGAAUUAUCUUACUAUGCCAACAGUAGCUUCACCGUUACUUGUGAUCUAAUGGAGUGGUUGCAGCACACACCUUGCAUUGGGAUGAAAGAAUUGCCAAUGAAUUCCCCUAUGACUGCUUGAUCUCUUUUUAGAGGUAGGAUAUUCCAUUCCCCUCUCUUCUUAAAUGCCCUGAUUGAACCAAACUCAGAGAUGCCACGUCCCUAGGCUUUUGCCUGACUUCAGGCCUGACGACUCUGCAUUUCAGGCUUUUUGAGGUUUGAUAUUGCAUAUUUUAUAAGGAGUGUUAACAUGUAUUGACUUCUUUUCAGUCACAGUGAGUCAAGCUGUCUGGCAACCCAUAGAACUUAAAAUGCAUUCAUAUUACAUUAGAAUAAUCCUACUAGCCAGUACCCAGCAUGUGCUAGGUUUCAGGACAAAGCAACAUUUUAUCAGUCAUGUUAUGAAUAUUCAUGGCAUGAAUCUUGUAUCUAAUGAAUAUUCAUAUACAUGAAUCUUACACUGCUAUUUAUCAGUAUUGGUAUGGUGAUGAAUCUAUGCUAUAUCAUCUGCUAUACAAUUAUUUAUCUCCACAUAGAGUGAUGAUCAACUGCAUACAUGUAGAUAGGUAUUAUUUAUAUUGUAUAGUAUAUAGACAGCAUUACCAUGUGCAAAAUUAGGAAAUAUGUAUAUUGGAUUUGAUCUAUAAUAAUAGCAGGGCCCGCUUGGAGAACAGUUUUUCGUAACUGAAGUGGCUACCCCAGGUAAAUAUGCCAAUAUUAUUGUUAUCUGAACAG